AUGAGCACCGACUCCCGCACCUGCUACUACCCGGACGAGCUCACCGAAGCCAAGGCCGACCUCCCGUGCGACCCGAUGGCCGAGCACUCGGCUUGCUGCGGCGCCGGCGCUUACUGCCUCGGCAACGGCCUCUGCUAUGAUUCGGGCGCCGUGUCGCGCGGCUCGUGCACCGAUCAGUCGUGGAAUGACGCUGCGUGCCCGUCUAAUUGCAAGAAAGUGCACCCCUCAACGGGCAACGCGCUGCGCCUCUGCAGCAUCGACUCGCGCCUCUUCUCCUGCUCCGACGACUGCAACAGCACCUUCGGCCUCAGCAACGACACGCUGACCUUCCGACCCUCACAAGCCGCCUCCAUCUACAACAUCGCGCACGCGGCAGGCCAAGUCUCUGUUUCCGCUGACGGGAGCGCCGUCGCUAGCAACAGCAGCACCAGCUCGCUUUCUUCCACCAGCACCGGUAGUGGGGGUGGGGGCAGCGCCGGGUACAGCGCGGCUGCAAUGGCGGGCCUGGGCGCCGGCCUCGGCGUUCCUCUCUUCCUGGCUUUCGUGACGAUGCUGGCGCUGUGGCUGCGCGAGCGCGCUGCCCUGCGCCGCUUGAAGGCCGGUAUGGGGGGCGUGGGUAGCGGUGGCGCCGGCGCCGGCGCGUUCGGCCUCCCGGCGGAGUUGAUGCACCACCACCAGCAUGUCAAGCCCGCGGAGCUGGACCACGAGCGUAUGCGCCAUGAGUUGCCGCCGCAGGGAGCCGUGGGGAAGUGA